AUGAAGGUCCUGCUCCCGCUCCUCCUGGCGGUCUGGCUCAGCGCUCCGUCCGGCUGCACCUCCCUGCCUCCGUCCUGCUCCGAACCUCCUGCAAAGUGGUGCUCCUCUUUAGAGUCAGCUGCUCGCUGUGGGGUUUUGAAGCAGUGCCUUGAGGCUGACUUCAGGAAGACCCACCAGACAGCCGAUCCAGUCCAGGUGGCGCUUUACUAUGAGAGCCUCUGUCCCGGCUGCAGGAAUUUCCUCGCUGGAAUGCUCUUCCCCACCUUUGUGAUGCUAAGCGACAUCAUGUCUGUUACCUUGGUGCCCUAUGGAAAUGCACAAGAGAAGCCUGAUGGUGACAAGUACACCUAUGUGUGUCAGCACGGCCCCCCGGAGUGUCUGGGGAACAUGAUAGAGAGUUGUAUAAUGAACAUGACUCAGAUGGCUUUCCCCAUCAUCUUCUGCAUGGAAUCCUCCGCCGACGUCAUCGGCUCAGCUGAAAGCUGUCUGAAAGUCUACGCCCCUGAUCUGAGCAUUGACAAAGUAAUGAGCUGUGCUAAAGGAGACCUGGGAAUGCAGCUGAUGCAUCAGAACGCCAUGAUGACCAAAGCACUGAAGCCUCCCCAUGAGUAUGUGCCCUGGGUGACCAUUAAUGGGGAGCAUACAGAUGAUCUGCAGGACAAGGCCAUGUCUUCUCUGUUCACUUUGGUCUGCUCCAUGUAUAAGGGCACCAAACCUCCUGCCUGUGGAGGGACCCAGAAAAUACACUACAAAAGUUACUGCAGCAACGAAUAAAGAGGCAGCCUCUAAACUAAAGAACACUUUUUCUUAGUAUCUAAAAAAA